AAAAUACUCCACAUCAAAUCAGAUAUGUCCUCUAUAAAAAAUAAACUUCACGGCAUCAUCGCCGACGUGCGGGAAGCGAAGGUCGCAGCGCAAAGUCACAACGUAGGAUCCUAUCAUGCUCCCCCCGCUAGUAAUAUGCACAGCGAGCAGCACUUCCCUCCGCCUCCACCGAGGAGCUUGCCCCACGGGUGGACCGCAAGGUUCGAUGAGAAGGAGGGGAAGUUCGCCUAUUGUAUGGGAGUCGACGGGGUUGAGCAGUGGGAAUUUCUUGGACGUAGCGGCGGAGGCCAAGGUUGGGGAAGCGGGGGGUGGGAGCGGGGCCCCGAUAUGCUCCACGGUCGCUGUGCCGGGGACCGCGGCCGCUGGGAUUGUUGGAACCGAGGCUGGCACCGGUCUGACCGCUGAAUAGAAGGGGAAGGGAAAAGAAGUUGAGGCUGAGAGAGUCUAUUGAUCGUGGUGCCGGUAGCCCAAUAGGUGCUGCUUAUGGCAUAAUUUCUUAUGUUUUUUUGCUAUUUCUUUUGGUGGUGCGAAU